CCACCUCUUAUCUCCAGACUGAACCAUAGGCAUGCACAUGCUCAGUUUGGUGUGUAUUUCUAGAGAAUUUUUUUUUUUUGGGGGGGAGAGUGCAUGUGAUCAGCACAGGGCCAAUCAGCACUGGCCAGACAGAGGUCAGGGGUUCUGCAUCCUCCUAGAGCAAAAUGAAAACUCCUCCUACAAGCUUUAACCAGUGCUCUGCUGGACACUGAUAGAAGCCAAAAGACUGCUCUAACUGCUGAUGAGAAAAUAUAUUUAGCAGUUUAUAUUUUUUAACAUAAUUGCACUUCCAUGUUUGUGUACUGUAGGAGACCAGAUAUAGUGAAUGCAGGGUCCUGG